AUGUUAAAAUAUUUUAUCUUCUCAACCUUUUCCUCUCUCUCUCUCUCCCUCCCUCUCUGUUUUUUCUUUCAACUUUCAAGUGAUACGGACCUAGCUAGAGUGUUUACUGUUCUCACCUUCUAUAUCUUUUUCUCUUUGAUUCUCUCUCUCUCUCUCUCUCUCUCUCUCUCUCUCUCUCUCUCUAAUAUCUACAUUCUUUUUUUUCUUCCAUUUUCCAUAUUUUGUUUCUUUCUUUAUUUAUUUUUCAAGAUUUUCUUUUUUUCAAGAUUUUUUUUUUGUCAAUAUUUUCCUUUUUAUUUUUUACUUAUUUGUCUUUGCUUUUCUUUCUUUUGCAUUCGUUUGUUUUCUUUUAUUUCUUACCUACUCGACAUUAUAUUGUUUACUUACAAAAUUUAUUUUCUUUAUUACUUUUUUAUUUCUUUUUCUAUCUUGUUUCAUCUUACCAUUGUUCUUUCGUGUCGUCUCUUUUUCUUAAUAGUCUUCUUUGUUUUCUUUCUUUUUCCUUUUUUCUUGGAUCAUUUAAUUUUUUAUGUUCAUCUCGAACCAUCAUCCCUUCCUUCUUAUUUUGUUUUUCCUUCUUUUUUCAUCUUCUCUCUCUAUCCCUUUCUUCAAAUCUCGUUUUUCUACCUCUUUAUUCUUUCGCAUUUUCCUUCCGUUAAAUAUAUUUAUCUUUUUCUUUACUCCAUUUCUUCGUCUAUAUUUAUUUUUCCACCCAUUUUCCCUCCUUUGUCCUUCCGUUUUUUUUCUUUGACGCUGUUUAGAUUUUCUUUUUUCCCUUCUUCCACUUUCUCCAUUUUUAUCUUCUUCAAAGACUCAUUCUCAUUAGUCGAUUAUUCUUUCCUUUGUAUAUGUCGAACUUUUUCAUUAUUUAUUCCCACUCUCCCUUUUCAUGUAAAGGCUUUCUUUUUCUACUAUACUCUUUCUCUUCUUCCUAUACUAACUUUCCAUUCCUCCUCGUUUCAUCAUUUUUUAUUUCCAUUCUCUCUUUUUUUUUUCUUUUUUUUUUUCAAACAUUACCCCUUUAUUUGUAAUUUAAAAAAGCGAGUUUCUUAA